CUCCGAGACAAAAUCUUCUCGGCCCUCGUCGCCUCGACCCCACCUCACCACCGCGCCCCACCCCCCACUCCACUCCACUCGCAGAUGCGUAGCCGGGACGCGUUGCUUCAGUAACCAAACCGACCCGUCCAGCGCUCGCGGCCGGGUCGCCCUUCCCUCGUUCCCUGGCCGGUGCGGUGAAAACUAAAUCCGGGUGCAGUUUUUCCUCCCCCCCCGCCCCGCCCCUCCCCGCACGGUCCUCCUCCAGAGCAGGCCCUCGCGCAGCUGGUCUGCUCCGUGUCAGUCCGCCGUAUUCCUCCCUCUGUUAUAAGCACCUCAGCAGUAUACGCUUCAUAAUCGCUUGCAGCCCCCUCCUCUCUCUCACACACACUCUCUCUCCACUCUCUCUCCCUCUCUCUCUCUUUCUUUCUAAACAUCAACGAACAUCUGCGGCCAGCAAAGCUGCUGAAAAACACAGAAGAGCCGUUGGGUGUCACUCAUGUUCGAACAUCGGCUCGGGGGACAUUAGAGUGGAAAUUGCGGCGGGUGGUGAGGAGUUCUGCUCCUCCUCGACGUAGCGUCGGUGGUUUAGAAAUUGGAGUCGGUGGAGAUCCGCAAGCGUAACAUGAUGUCCGUGAGCGAGUUCUUCUCUAGCGACCCGGAGCCGCCGUGGAUCGUGGAUGCGGCAGCGGACCUGGAGAGCUACACGGAUAUGAACCAGCUCGAGCAGGAGCACAGUGAGGCGUCGACGUCUACGGCCCCGACGACGAUGAUGACGAGUGGAGCGUCUCAGUUUUUCGCUGGGUUCAGCUUUCUGGACAGCAGCAGCAGCAGGAGCUCGACGGACAUGGAAAUUGACGACAUGCCGUCGACGUCGUCGAACAUUGAUAGAGUUAUAGCUCACCUUUUCACGCUGAGGGAAAUAGAGUCCGUGAGGCCGUUCAGAAUCGACGACCCCAAGGGAACAGGUGGAGCGAGGAGGCAUGCUGCAGGUCGCAGCAAGGCCAGUCGGAAGCGGAAAUUCGACCAAAUUCUCUGAAGCUCUCGACGGACAGUCAUGUGAAUCAUUCGAGGAGCACGAGGACGAUUCUCUCGCAGUCCACGCUGUUGCCCGGGUCGAGGCUCGAGCUAUCGAGGACGCCAGCGAGCUACUCAUCGGAACACACAACCAUACGAGCGUGGAGUUGUCAGCGAGGAGGAUGAUGAUGACGAUGAUGUGUAGGUAGAGCAUUGAUCACAUUGAGCGAGUGAUUUGUUCCACAGCAUAAGCCGGGUUUUGAGUUAAAGAAUAGGCCGAAUCUGUCAAGGGACGUAAUUUCAGCAUGACUCAUCCCUGCAGCCAGCCGACCACUGUCUCGAAUUCGAGCUUGUUUGCCACUCAUGACGGUGCUCGUCGCCUUAGUAUCAAUAACCGGAUGCUAUUGUUUGAGCCUUCCGAAAAGAAUUCACACUCAAAUGUGCUACCGACUAGAUGCCAGAAAAGAAAUUCUUCUUAUGCUCGCUCUUGCUCCCCAUCCGUGGUGUGGUCAAAUUGACAUAGGAGAAAGAGAUGGAACGAGUUAUCCCGCUGUCGAUGUUGAAAGCUUCAAAUUUACAAUCCAUUAGUAGACACCAGUGGGAAGGACUUUAGGGAGCACAUCAUCUUGUGAACUGGAGACGAUUGGAAGUGGCUCGGGGAGGAUGAAGGGCAUUACCGUCUCAUGUCGACCACCGGCCCCGACGAGUGCGCAUCACGACUAACUGUCGAUUCCAAUAGAAAUUUCGGAGUUAUAAAUCCAAAAUCAGGACGAGCCCGGCUGCCGAAGCAGGCCGAUAUGAUUCUGCAGGGUCUGAUCAGGUGUCGGACGAAUGAGUUUUGUGGAAUGGGAGUGCUGGGGGACAUCAGUGCUUUGCGUUUGGUUACUGUAUACGCGAAAUCACAACUUUGUGAUGAUGUUAAGUAGACUCAUUUAGUGUCAGUGCCAAAUUGGUGGUGACGAGGUAGAUCGGUUGCAUCGCAGUUUUUUAAGUACUGCCGAGCUCCAUGACGAAACAUGUGAUUCAUACGAUUGAAGAAACAGUAAAUUUUUCAGUGAUCAUUUAAGGCAUUGUAUGUGUACGUCCUUAUUCAAAUCGCCGUUCAUCGACCUCGGUUAAU